CGGCCCGGACGGCGCGGGCCCCGGGGGCGGCGGGGCCGGUGGAGUCGGCGCAGUUCAGAGGCUUCCGUCCGGCUGGCCCCGUCCGGGUCGCGCCCGGCCGCCCGUGUGGCCUGCCCUUGAGGCUCCCGGCAAAUGGCGCCCCGACCCCCGGGGACGCGGAACCGGGUGAGACCCCCACCUCCGCCCCCACCCCCACUGAGCGCAGAGGAGCCCCGGGGGACCCCGGAAUGCGUGGCUCGCACCCUCUGCCUCGUAGGGACUUGAGGAGUUUGGGCGCAAACGGGUUAAAGGACGGCGAGGCAUCUCCAAGUGUCUCCGCGGGAUAAGCGAAAGCUGGACUGGCCAUUAUGGAGGAAGAGGUACAGCAGCACUCACACUGUAUGAACUGUGUCAGUAGACGGUGUAUGACCAGACCAGAGCCUGGGGUUUCCUGUGACUUGAUUGGCUGUCCAUUGGUUUGUGGAGCAGUUUUCCAUUCUUGUAAAGCUGACGAACAUCGGCUCUUGUGUCCCUUUGAACGAGUAGCUUGCUUAAAUAGAAACUUUGGAUGUCCAUUUACCCUGGCACGAAAUAAAGUUGCUGAACAUCUAGAAAUGUGUCCUGCAAGUGUGGUGUGCUGUACUAUGGAAUGGAAUCGAUGGCCCGUUAGUUAUUCAGACCGGAAGUCAUAUGAAAGUCUAAGCAGAGAUGUUGAUGAAGUGGCACAAUUAGACAUGGCUUUGGCUCUUCAAGAUCAAAGAAUGCUUUUGGAAUCUCUUAAAGUAGCCACCAUGAUGUCAAAAGCAACUGAUAAAAUAUCUGAACCUAGAGAACAAAUCUCAGUGAAAUCAAGUGUUCAGGAAAUACCACGUACUAACGGGUUGGUAUCCGUUGAUGAAGAAUCCUAUGGUGCACUUUAUCAAGCUACUGUAGAAACAACCAGAAGUUUGGCUGCUGCUUUAGAUAUCCUAAAUUCUGCCACAAGAGACAUUGGCAUGUUAAAUACAAGUCUCCAUGCUACUGCGAAUGAAAUGGAUGAGGAGAAUAACAAAGAAAGCUUCCAGGACAAAAACUUGAAAGACCAGGACCACCUUGAUGAGGGUGAGAUAGGGGCAGUAGGUGGAGUUGAUUAUAGUGGCACAAGUCAGAAUGCUCAGGCUGAACAAAAUGGCUCAAGUGAUUUGUUAUGUGACUUAAAUCCAAGUUCUAAUGGUACUUCUGCUCUUUGCAAUGGCUUUCCUUUGGAAAAGAUGUGUAUUCAGGUCAAAGGCCAGGAUCAAAAUUUUCAUGGUGAUUCCACAGAAAGUAAUAUAACAAAUGGAGAUUGUGUGGAAGCUGAUGGUACUUCAGAACCUUCCAGUUCACUUGUAGUACCAGAACAACUGAGGGAAAUAAGUCCUUUCAGUGCUUUGCCAGAUAGUACAUUUCAGCAAAUCCUCAUGCCAGAUGAAGACGAUGAGAAGGACUUGUGUUGGAAAAAAGUAGACUUGGGAGACUUGAAGGAUGUUAAUGGUUCACCUUUCAGUCAUGCGCCUUCAUUCAAGUUUCUUUCUAAUUCAUGGUAUAUACCAAAGGAAGACAAAGCAGUUGAUACAUCAGAUUUAGAAGUUGCAGAAGAUCCCAUGGGCCUCCAAGGAAUAGAUCUGAUUACAGCAGCAUUACUGUUUUGUCUGGGAGAUUCUCCAGGUGGGAGAGGUAUAUCUGAUAGCCGCAUGACUGAUGUUUAUCACGUUGACUUUGGGACACAGACUUUUUCACUUCCAUCUGCAAUAUUAGCUACAAAUACAAUGGUUGGAGAAAUAGCUUCGGCUUCAGCUUGUGAUCAUGCCAAUCCACAGCUUUCAAAUCCAAGCCCUUUUCAGACACUUGGGCUGGACUUAGUUUUGGAAUGUGUUGCUAGGUACCAGCCUAAGCAGCGUUCAAUGUUUACCUUUGUAUGCGGACAGCUAUUUAGAAGAAAAGAAUUUUCUUCCCAUUUUAAGAAUGUGCAUGGUGACAUUCAUGCUGGACUCAAUGGAUGGAUGGAACAGAGGUGUCCUUUAGCUUAUUAUGGUUGUACCUAUUCUCAGCGUAGAUUUUGCCCAUCGACACAAGGAGCAAAGAUCAUACAUGAUCGCCAUUUAAGGUCAUUUGGAGUUCAGCCAUGUGUAUCUACAGUAUUAGAAGAACCUUCUAGAAACUGUGUGUUGGGAUUGCGUAGUGACCAUCUAAGUAGUCUCCCUUUUGAGGUACUCCAACAUAUUGCAGGCUUCCUUGACGGCUUCAGUUUAUGCCAGCUUGCAUGUGUAUCCCGGCUAAUGAGGGACGUUUGUGGCAGUUUACUUCAGUCUCGUGGAAUGGUAAUCUUGCAGUGGGGGAAGAAGAAGUAUCCGGAAGGAAAUUCAUCAUGGCAGAUAAAAGAGAAGGUAUGGCGAUUCAGUACUGCAUUUUGUUCUGUUAAUGACUGGAAAUUUGCUGACAUCCUGAGCAUGGCUGACCACUUGAAGAACUGCAGUUACAACGUGAUAGAGAAACGGGAGGAAGCCAUCCCAUUGCCGUGUAUGUGUGUGACUCGAGAGCUUACAAAAGAAGGACGUUCCCUGCGCUCAGUUUUAAAGCCUGUGCUUUAAGGCUGUAACUUCUUCACUUGCACACACAUGCAAGCACCUGGUAUCAGUUCUUUGUAUGAUGUGAUACUUUAUUAAUGCAUUAAAGACUACAACUAGCCAAAUUGAUUGUCACUAUGUAUAUACUGUUUUGCAGUGACAUAUAUUUUUAUAAUGUACUAUUAGUUAGAAAAAUGUUGCCUUAAUAUUUGAAAUGUGUGAAAUUGUUGGGACAUGCUAGACAGGGUGAUCUUUUCUGCAUAAUGUUAGUAUUAAUGGUGUGCACAUUUAAAUUCUGAAAUCUUUGCUCCUCAAACUAAAACGAUCUUGACCAAAACAAUUCUUUAUAUUUUCUAUGGAUUGAAGCCCAUGUUAUCAAAAAGGAAAACUUUGAUUCGAAAUUUUUGUUGCAUAGAUUUUUCACAUAAUACAUUUGAUGUUGAAACACUGCCAUAAGAUUAUAAUCAAGUUUUCCUGGUACUUUCAUAAUUAUUGAUCACAAGUGUAAUACAGUAUUCACAUAAGGCACAAUAGUGACUUCAUGUCUUUAAAACAACAUACAAAGAUAUUUUAUCUUCUGUUCUUAAAACUCUUAUGCAAAAAAUGGUCAUAUGCAGGUCUUUUUUUUUCGUUAAAUACCGUAUCUGAAGAGUUGUGGCACAAUGUAUUAUAUGACAGAUUAAAGUGAAAACAAAGGAAGCCUGUGAAUUUAACUUGAAAAUUUUCAUGGUAUUUCAUAUUUUCUAGGUAUCCAAUGUUUGAAAAGAAAAUAUACCUCACUAAAAGUUUGAGUUUGGAAUAUUGUUCGAAUAAACUUCAAAUAUUCAGAAUACAAAGGGUUUGACUUUUUGAGGGGCCUUAAAAAUGUUCUGCUUUUGAUAUUUGUAAGACUUUUUUUUUUUUUUUUGUCCCGAGACAGGGUUUCUCUAUGUAGCUGUGGCUGUCCUGGAACUCACUCUGUACACAAGGCUGGCCUCAAACUCAGAAAUCCUCCUGUCUCUGCCUCCCAAGUGCUGGGAUAAGACAUUAUUUUAAGACCUUUAAAAAUGUGAAAAUUCAAAGUGUUUGUAAAAUAACGUUAAGCAGAAAUCUGUCUUGGUUGAUAAUAUUUGUGAAACAUUUCCAGUUUUGCUUCACAUAUUUCUCAGAAAGUAAGAAUUGUCUCUUUUUUGUAAACAUCAAGUGUGGUAAUGAAAUAGUCAAAAAACCUAUAGGCUUCCAUGUUCACAUAAUGUGCUUAUUAAAGAAAUGAACAUACAUUGUCAGCAUUUAGAAGUAAGUUGUGAAGACAGGGACAUUAAGUGAUUUGUCCAGUUAAAUUCUGGCAUUGGUAAGCGGAAAUGGUUAUUAAUGUGAAACCUCAAGUGUAUAUUUUCUUUCUCCGUUGUUUUGAGAGUACUCUGUGGGUAGAUUCAUAUGUCCCAUAUAUUAGUCAGAGUGGGAAGCUGAUUCAUAUGUCCCAUAUAUAGUAGUUAGGGUGGGAAGAGGGUCUUCCCUGGGCAUUACUGAUGAAUUCUCAAUUGCUUGUGAUUUGUUUUGACAAAAUGUAGCAGUAAAGAUUAAUCACUUGUUUUGCCUCACCUGUCAUUUAACUUACAAGGAUUCGUCAUUUCAGUGCUUAAAUUUCUUUUUCAACUGUGAGACUGAAUUGCAUUUAAAUAACACCACCACCACCUCCAUCUUUAUUUCUGCCAAAAGGUAGAAAUAAGAAUCAAAUAUGACAGAAUAUAACUUUUCUGAAGAUUGUUUCUAUAGUUAGGCAACACAAGCAAUUAACCUUUUGUUUUAUGUUUGUACUUUUUAAAGUUCAUGGUUUGUAAGUUUAAAUCUAUUUCCAGACAGUUAACAUUUUUUUUACCUUUCUUGAAUGAGAUGGAUAUUUUAAUAAUAGCAUAUGUACAAUGAAAACUAUUUCUACUUUUUAUUCUGUUCAAAUAAAUAUUUUUUUCAAUUAAUUUUGGGUCAAAAAAACAAUAGUUAGGUACUAGACAUGUAUCUCCAGGCGAGGCAAGCAUAGUCUAGCUGCUUUCUUUAGCCUGUUAUUCAUGCAGUCAGUUUUAGAUAACCAGAAGUGUGGAUGCUUACUGAGACAAUUAGACAUGGGAACAAGUGUGGAAUUUUACAUGAGUUUCUGGAUCAGAAAACAUAACUCGUUCUUCAGGGUAGUUAGUAUUUAAAUGCUGCUGAUAUCACUGCCAUUUUAGCCAUCAAUCCUUCAUGUGAAAGCAACUUAGGGAGACAUAGGAACUAAAAAGUUGAAUGUAUUUGCUUAAUAAAACAGUUUUAAUCCUAAUACAUAAAAUCUUAAAAAAUACAAUAACUAUAGUUUACAAAAAUUGAGAUCAACCAUGUGGUAAGUAAAGUAAUUCUUAUUUAAGAAAAUGUCAAAUUUAAGUUAAAACAGAAGUUGAACAUGAUGGGUGUUUACAAGUUUAUUAGCAUCAUAAAAAGUAUUCCUCUUUGUUUUUUGAACAUCUGUAUGCGAUCAGGUGUUUGGAUGGCAAACCUGGGAUGUUGCAUGAGUACUCUAAAGUACUGUGAACUGCAGCCAAAAUAAAAGCCACUUAGAAGCUACUGUAAAGCUCUUCAAAGUUCUCAUGUAAUCAUAGGCAAUAAUUUUUCCUAAAAUAAAGUUAAGAUGUGGCCUUCAAAGAAAGCUAAUUUUUGUUUUGUUUUUUUUUUGUUUUUCAAGACAGGGUUUCUCUGUGUAGCCCUGGCUGUCCUGGAACUCACUUUGUAGACCAGGCUGACCUUGAACUCAGAAAUCUGCCUGCCUCUGCCUCUCAAGUGCUGGAAUUAAAGGCGUGCGCCACCACCGCCUGGCUAGAAAAAUAAAAUAUUAUCAGGCCAAUUAUAUUUAUUAAAUAAAGAAAAGGCUGUCUCUUAAAAAGUGGUAGCUCCAGGAACUUUAAAAUGUAUAAAGUUUGUUUUCUUUGUCAUCACAUUAUUAUGUGUUUAAAUUAGUUAACUGAACAACUUAGUAUUUCACCAAAAUAAUAUCAGACACUUGAAACCUAACUGAAAACCCAUACUGUGAUUAACUCUGAGCAGGUAGCUGUCCAGGCUCAGCAACACACCAUGGCAUGGACAUUGAUAUUAGCAAGGGUUUGCUUUGAAAGAACACUUGGAUUUCCAAACUGUAUUCAAAGGUUUGGAACAGCAGAACACUUGGGAGCGUGGCCUGUCAUGUGUCUUCUACUCAUCGUCUAUUCAUUCCGUCACAGGGCUGCUCACUGGCCACACGUUUGCCCUUAUUGGAUUUUUGCUACUAUGUGUUUGUACUUUCUAAUCUUUCCAGGUAGACAUAUUGACCUUUUUUGGUUUCUGUUUUAUUUGACUCGUCCAGAAUAAUUGUUUCUUAGAGUUCUGAUUGAAAUCGGGAAGUUCCAGCUGAUUUAUGAUGGAAGGAUGAGUCUUAUAUUCUGCAAAGACUCUUGAGCUACUCCUCUGAACAUUCUCAAAGAUUGUCAGCCUCAAGUUGUAGUCACCAGAUUUUCUUGUAGAAGGAAAUGUUUAAGGACCAGCAGAAAUUAUAAUACAAAGGUACUCAGGUGUGUGUUCUGCUCAGAGUUUUCAAUAAGAUAUGCUGGGCUUCAUUGCUGUAAGACAUUGAGUAUGGACCUCCUUCAUGCUAUCCUUAGUCUUCCUCAUUUUGUUUGAUGGGUUUUUAAUUCCUAGUCUUUCCAGAUAACAUCCCCUAUGUUUUCCCAGUUCUACUUCAUUUCAGAGUUUAUAUUCCAGACUUUGAAUUCUGAGUUCUGUGUGAUUACUGAAGGAAUAUGAUUUAGUCUCUAAAUUUUCUUGACCCUAUUGCCUGUUUCUUACUUUAUUCUUACUUUAUUUUACUUAGGUUUUCCAUUUUUUGUUGUUUUCUAAGACAAAUUACAAGUUGUUAUUUUAUAUUGUUCUUUAUUUUUAAAGUAAGUUCCUUAGGGUUUUUUUUUUUUCCACUUAAAAAACAAAAAAGAGCAUUUCUUUGUUGUGCUUGCUUUUUCGACCAAUUUCAGAUUGAGGGAUUCCAGUUUCUGCUUACCUGUCCAUGUUCUACAACUUCACUUUAGUUUCCUGUAGCUCCUUUUGCAUUUCACGGAUUUUUUCAUAUUCUUGUUUUUCUCUAUAAGUAACUUAUACUUAUAUUCUAUUAACAUGAACUGCAUCCUGGAUUUCCAACACUCUUUCAAAAUCAUCAUAGUUCAUUUGAAGUUUUUCAGUUAGCAUCAAAAUAGUCUGGCAACUAGGCAAUUCAUAAUUCUCAAAAUGUAGCUCAUAGCCAAGUGUAGAUGUGGUGGUUAUCCACAGCAUUUACAUGUUUUACAAUCAUAAUCUUUUCAUUUCCUAUUUUCUUUUUUUCUGACUGUCAUAUGCUUUCUUCUCAAGAGCAAAUUGCUAACUACCAGCCUAUCCUCUGGUUUCUGCUGUGACCCUUGAGCUGCUGAGGAAACCCUGAGUUGGGUGCAGCUGUGCUCCGCCAUGCACUACUUUUACACACAUUUUGCUAUAAAAAUGUUCUGUGAAAAUAUUUUCUUUCUGCUGCAUUUAUUCAAUUCCUAAUGAGCUUACAAAGAAAACCUUUUAAAUUUUAAUACUUCUUUGACAAAUUCCAAACACAGAUCUGCUGCUUCUGUAGUACUGACAUCCCACAUGUUCUAAGAGUUGCUGACUGAUGAAGAUCAUUGCAGGCUCAGGUUUUACUGGUGAACAUUAUGUUUUUAAAAUUUGUAAAACUCGGUCUUCUCAACUUCAGCAUCUUUAGAGUGGCCUCAUCCUCUGCUGAUAGGGAAAAGCUGGAGUUUCUGCAUGGCUUUUAUAUUGGCCUACUAGGUUGUUAUUUGAGCAACGUGUUGGUUUCUGACUUUAGUAGUUAGCAGGAUAAAGGACAGGCAUUAGAAUGGAGGGCAAUAUCUAAGAUGACUUUUUUUCUCAGCCUCCCUCACCAGAGAUAUACAGUAACGCUUUGUCAGUUUUAUUCUGUUUCUGUGAGACCUCACAGAUCUCUUGGGGUGAGAAGUUACAACCUAUGUUAAGGUCUCCAGGUGAUCCUAAUACAGAGGAAGAGGCAAUUUAAUUUUUUUUUAAAUUUAAAAUUACAUCCUUUUUCUCUUUCCCUUUCCUUCCUCUAGCCCCUUCCAUGUACCUCACUUGCUAUCUCUGACUCAUGCCCUCUUCUCACGUUUGCAUCCGUGCAUGCAUGUGUGUGGGUGAGUGUGCACAUUGCACACACUCAUUUGCAAAUCUACAGCCUGCGCAGUGCAUGACUGUUACUCACAUGGAUGUGCUCGCAGGCCCGCCCACUUGGUAUUGGAUAGCCAACAGGGGCUCUUUUUCCUUAAGAAAACUUUCUCCCUCUCAGUACUCCUUAGCUGAAUAGUUCUCUGUAUACUUGAAGCCUCAUGAGCAAUCCUAAAGGAAAGCCUGUGUGUUAUUCAGGUGAGUAUGUGGGUGUGUACAUAUUUGAAAUCCUAAAGAGCCAUAAUUUAUUAAGAUUAAUAGUUAUAUAUGUUGUCUUAAUUUUCUAACUGUGUGACAAAAUUCAUUGGGUACUCUGACUUGGAUUUUCUUAACAGCAAUAUUUAAAAUUUUCAUAAUAUCUUACUAAUAUUUAUUUUCUUUAAAAUAAAUUAUCAUCAGUAUCCUUUAGCCUGGUAGUCUAAUUCUCUUUAGUAAUUGGAAACCUAUGAAUACCCAGGGUUUUUAAAAUAAGACAAGUGCAGAAGAGGAGAGAUACUGGAUUCAGUCCUGUGAAGAUGCUCAGUGAGCAUCCCAUCACCCGAUCAGGAGGAAACACUAAGUAGAGCUGUCUGGACAUCAGGCCAGAGGAUCUGGGGGGGGUGGGGGGGGGCGGGGUUGUUUUUGUUUUUGGUCUUUGAAUUAUUUGCAUAUAUCAAUGUUGUUGCUGUUCUUAUCUGUCCAUUCACAUUUAAUAUGAAAACCUUAGUACUGGAAAUCAUGUUUUCAGAAAGACUCAGACACAUUAAAGGUAUGGGAGUUUGUGUAACUAAAGAGGUUUAAUUUGUAGAGAUUUUACUUAGAUUUUGUAAAACAGUUUUGUGUAUUCCAUUCGCAACUAAAAGACAUGGGGUUUAUGUUUUAAAUAUUGUGAGGAAAGGAUCUUCAAACAUUUUAAAGUUUGAGUCAUGAGUGGCACACCACAUUGGAAGCAUAUGUGAUGGGGACCUGCAGAGUUGGUUAUUAAGAAGUACAGUUAAAUGAAAGCACUUAGGCCAAAUCUCUGGACAAAAUUUAUGCAUGGAAAUAAUUUUUUUGAUACUUUGCUUGUGUGGUUAUCUAAAUGUUGCUGUAGAUCAUCUUACAUUCUUAAUAAUUAUGGAGUGGAGUUUUGGUUGUGCCUUUAAAAACAGAUGUACUGACUAGCUCGUUCCAUUCUGCCUAAAUUUCAGUAAAGCUUAGGUAUAGUGAAAUCUUUUCUAAAUUAUGAGAAAGGCUGGCUAAUUUUGAAGAUACCUUUUAUAUAACUACUUAAUGUUCUUCAGGAGAUUGUUUAAAAGAUAAUAAAUUGAAAGCAGUUUUCAAUUUCUAAUUUUAUUAGAAUAUUGACAAUUGAGACUAUUGAGGCACUCAGUCUAAGAGAAAUGUGUCCUGGUAAGGGUCACUCUAAGACUUCCCAGAUGCAGAAAGAGAAGGCACAUUUAAAUAAAAAGUUACUUUAGCAAGUGCCAUCCUCUGAGUAUUGGUUCUUAUUGUUAGGCAAUACCAAGAGGAAAUGAACUAAUGAAGUGUGGGAUGUUGCCUUGGAACUCCUUUUCAAUACUGAGACAUUUUACUAACGGUUUAUGAAAUUUUGUUGCACCUGCAGCUGAAAAAUUUCACUGUAUAUGUGUAAGUGUAUCUGACAUCUAAUCUUCAAAAUCAUCUUGUUUUAUUAAUAGGAUCUUGAAGUUUGUUACCUUAGAACACUUCAAAAAUUUCUAGUAUUGAUGUUCCAUUGUAUUAAAUGUAGAGCAACUUGGUGUAAAUAUAAUGACAGAGAGUAAAUUUGGGUUACAGACGUGACUCCUUAACACAGUCUGUAGAAACACAGUAAAAGUCACUGAUAGAGGUCUUUUAAGGCAGUGCUUCUGCACCUUCCUAGUGCUGUAACCCUUUAAUACAGUUUCUCAUGUGCUGGUCACCCCCAACCAUAAAAUUACUUAAUUGCUAUUUCAUAAUUGUAAUUUUGCUACUGUUAUGAAUUGUAAUGAUAUUUGAUAUAAGAGCCACAAAAGGGUCACAACUACAGGUUGAGAAUCACUGUUUUAAUUUUUCAGCCUUUUGACAUGCUAGAUUGAAGUUUCUAUUCUUUACAAUGAGGGGAAAACAUUUCAGAGCAAACUGACAAUGGAAAUAAACUAUUUCCUUUUUCAUUAAUUCAUAGUUUUUAGCAUCUUCAAAAUCAUUUUAUUAGCUUGUUUGCCUGAUUAUGUUAGGUAAUGACUCUUCCAUAUAACUAGUUCUAGUGGUAUAAUAGUUUGUGUAUUGAAAGAAAUAAAAUUACGUCUCAGUUGAAUUCUUCAUAUCAAAUUUAUAAGUCAAAUUAUCCUUAGCCAUUAAAGACAGUCAUUUUUGUCUUUUUUAUGUAAAUUAUUCAAAUUUAUUCUCAGAAAAGAUAAGUAAACUGGUAAAUGUUUAAUAUGUUUCAGAAAAACUGAUGAGACAGUUUUUUAUGUGCUAUUAAGUGAUAGUUAUGAGCUAGUGAUAAAAGAACGUUAGCAAGGAUGUCGCUACAUCCUUGAUAAAAGAACAAAGGAGUUGGGGCUGGAAUAAUAGCUCAGUUGGUAAAGCCCUUGCCAUACAAGCUCCGGAGCAUGAGGGUGUGUCCCAGAGGUGUGGUGGCACACAUGUGUAAUCCCAGAGCUGGGGAGGUGGACCUCUCACUGCCAGCCAGUUUAGCCCAGUUGAAAUCCUGGCCAGCAAGAGAUGCUGCUUCAACAGAGGUGAACCGUGUUCCGGAGAGGAUAGCUAAACGAGGUUGGCUUCUGGCCUCCACCAUAGAAGCCUACACUAGCUCUUAGACAAGUGAACAAACCUGCUUUUUGCUGUCCCAGAGUACGAAUUUUUUUUUUUUUUUAAUGUUGCAAGUCUUAUUUUUUUUGUAAGUAAUUGUUAUUGAUAUGUAUUCUGUGGCUUAAAUUUUCUAAUGAGAUAAUCAAAAUUCCUAGAUUAAUUAUAUGUAGCUUUAAAGAGCCUGGUCUGCUGAGUAACUUAAUUUAGUGGUUUUCAUCUUUAUUUAAAUAAUGUGUUCAGCCUCUCUCUUUGGAUUUAACAGUAAACAGGUUGUAGUUUUGAAACAUUUUAAAUAUAGCAUUCAGGUUUAGCCAUUAUAGAAAUGAAAAUAAUACCACCAUGUGCUCCACAGUAAAGUUCCUCAGUAAUUGUUAGUUGACUGCCUUUUCCUGAUCACUGAAACUGAUUUGCUUGUUCUUCCGUAGAGAACGAUGCUGCUUUCUCACAUAGCCCAGUAGCCCUGACUUGAAACAUCUUAGUGAACAUGACUUGUAAAGAUCUGAAUUUUGUGUUUAAAACAUUAAGGCUGUAUUGUUCAUCUGGAUGGAUUUACAUCCAGAAAGAUAACUGUACUCACCCCACAUGCCGUGUACCUUCCACUGUAACCUUGGUUUGUGUGUGUGUGUUUUUUUCAUGAAUUACACUCAUCAGUGUUUUUUAAGUGCAGGAGGAUGUGGUAUUGAAAAAAAAAAAUGUACAGCGCUAGACUCAAAAAGCCACACGUGAUUCCAUUUAUAUGAGCCAUUUAGAAUAGGUGAGUCCAGAGAAAGGAGUUAGAUUAGUGGUUACCAAGGGAAAGGGGAUGUCUUCUUAGGGAGUAUAGCGUCUCCUUUUGGGCUAGUAGAAGUCUCUAGAACAUAACAGUGAUGAUGGUGGUACAGUAUUGGGGGUGGGGUGAUUACCACAAAUCAUAUACCUUAAGAUGGUAAAUUUAGGUUCGAUGUACUCUUGCUAAAAUUGUUUUCUGAGAAAGAUGUGGUGUUCGAGGUCAUUAAAUCUCCCCAAGAGACAGUGUUCCCACAGCUUAUGAGUGUUCAAGCUGUGGUUUGGGAUUAAUUUACGGGAGCAUUAAUGAUAUAGCAGAUUAAUUAGGUUAAAGUUCUCAGGAAAGCUCACGGGUCCCAUCCGAGGCCCGAUGAUGGCAGUAGAAAUCAAGCUAAUUAUUUUGUCACAGUUUCUUUAUAUUGAGGACAACUGUGACUUGGUCAUUUCCUCUGUUGGUGUUUGCUUUUCACUCUUUGCAUUUUGUUUUGACCUCUGUGACAUUUAAAACUGUGUUUCAAAACCAUGCUUUGACAAAAAAAUUUAUUAUGUUUUUUUUCAAGUUUUAUACUUUAUAUUCUUUUUAAAGAGCAAAUGCAAUUGUGUAUUUAUUAGGCAAGAUUUAAUAAAUUGAACUGUGAAAUUUUUUUAAUCCUUCUGAAUUGUCUUGUGGAAAAGAAACUACUUGAGUCUUGAGCUCUUUAACAUGUAAGGAUCAUUCAGGAUUUGGUGAGGUUGAAGUUGUUACUGUGCGUAAUGCAUACUUAUUCCACGUGUGUAGGCUUGACUUUGGGUGGCUUUUCAACUUUCAAGUUUUACAAGUAAUUAUUAUUAUUAUUAUUAUUAUUAUUAUUAUUAUUAUUUUGACCUUUACCGUCUUAUAAUAAUGCCAGACCAAUGGACAAAUACCAGUAGAGCAAAGGGUUUAGGGAAAGAUUUACUUAAAAAUGUUUAUCCACAUAAUUCUCCAAAUACAUCAAGAGGUGUUCUUCAGCAUUUUAUGUUUAUAUGAUCAUAAGCAAUUCCCUCAAAGAAUUCUGUUAUUUCUCACGAUUCUGAGAGGAGUUGCUUUCAAACCAUUUGAAAUUAAUGACUGCACAGAGUGCUAUGAAACCAACUUUGCAAAAUUGUGGACUCAACGAUUAAAAGUUAAAUUGCUUUGCAAAUAGCUGUGCUUGUCGUAUAAUUGGGAGUAUUCAUGCCAGUUAAAGGGUAUGUCCUCCAAAUGGAAUGACAAUAAGUAUAAUUAAAUGAGAUCAACACAAUGAAGAUGAUACAGUGGACGAACGAGAUCAUCAGAUAAACAGACGAGAAGAGACUUGUACUACAAUAGCUCCACUUAGGCGCACAACCCGACUCAGACCCAGAGCCCAGCAAGUAACUAUGUGGUUGAUGAACUGUCAGGUGAGUGGUUUCCUAUUAAGGGGACUUGCAUACCCGUCGUCUAGGGAGUAGGUCCUCUGACCUGUAGUUUGUUGUCCUACUUUGCACUCUACCUUUCUGAUGUUUUACUUAUUUCUCCAAAACUUUGUAUUUUUUAAUGUUGCUGAACCUUUUCAUCCAUUUCCUUUGAUUAAAAAUGUUCUUUCAA